AUGGAGUUGCCUCCUCCGGGACACCGGAGGGUUUCCAUCAGUAACCCUCAAGAGACAUCGGGCAGGGUUCCCACCACCCCAGCCGCAUUUCCCAACCAUCCAUCUAAUAUCUCUUCUGUCUCCUCGAAGCGCUCCGUCCAAUCUUCCGUCUAUAGACCUUCCAUCAUGAGCAACCGCAGCUUGGGGCCCCAGUCCCUGCUGCCGAACCCCAUUAUCCAGAAAAGCUCCCUCAACCCCCCGGGUUUCCUGCAGAGCAAAUCAUCCAACGUCUCUUCAGUCCGAUAUGCUGAUGAAGAAGGAAAACCACUCACAGAGAAGGACAAGGACAAAGAGAAGGGCAAGGGCACAGGAACUCGGCUGCUGAACAUGCUAAGGAAAACUCUUCAAGGGUCUCAGAGUGACGAAAUGGUUGUAGCAAAUCAAACACAGAAUUUGAUACCAUUUGGAGAUGUGGUGGGCUGUCUGGCGAUUCAUAUAAAGAGCUGUAGACAGUUUACUCAGCGGUUCAUCGCCCAACAGCAUUUUAAUCUGUUCAUGCGUAUCUCCGUAAACCACAUUGUGAAAUGUACAAAAAUUCGUCACUUGAAAGCUGUUAAUAACGAGAAGAACCUUGUACUUAAGUUCGAUGAGGUGAAGUAUUUUUCUGUACAGGUUCCCAGACGUCAAGAUGAUGAGCGGAAUUAUAUUUACUUGGAACUAAUGCAAGAUGGAGGAGAUUCAGAAAAGCUUCCUUAUCCAUUAGGCAAUGCGGAAUCACAUCUUUAUGAAGUAAUACAGAAAGGCUGUUUUACUGAAGUAAUGCAGAUGAUGCGUAGAAACACCCCUAUCUGCAGGGUGGAAGUGGAAUUUAUGUUCUCCUAUGGAAACUUCGGUUAUGGAUUUUCACAUCAGUUAAAACCUCUUCAGAAAGUCAUUGAACCAUCUAUGUUUAUGAAAAUUACACCUCCUCCAGAGAGAACAGACCCUGUCACAAAUAUUAUUACCCCGCAACGAGUGGAAUAUCCAGCAUUCUUAUCCCCAGAAUUUAAUGUUAACAUUGGGGGUCCUGAAACCAACCAGGCAACUGUGGUGCAACUUGAAAAACUCCGUGAGAAGCCCCGGGAAAGAUUGGAAAGAAUGAAAGAGGAAUAUAAAAGUAUGAAUACAUGGAUAGAAAAAGCCGAUUAUUUAAGAAAUCUUAUUAAUCCAAAACUGUUAAAAAAAGACUCUAAGGGAAGUGUUGAGCCGUCUGGAUCAAAUUCUAGUGUAUUAGAAGAGCUUGAAAGAACGACACAUGAUAUUCAUUUCAGAAAAUCUGAAGCUAUUUCAAACGAGUUAGUGGAUUACAGUGAUAAGGAAGGCCGGGUCAUACCAGUUUUAAAGCUGUUGGACCAAAAUUAUUCAGAGUUCUCUUUACCCAAAAGUGGUGACUCAACACCGCCGGAAGAUGUCACGCUGCCCCCCAUUCAUACCCUGCAGAUAAUAGAAGAGGAUGAAAUGCCACGUGUGCCAAACACUUCUGAACUAGAAGACAGGCCACAUGAAGACAGGAAAAGUGUAAUUUUUUCAUCGGAUGAAGAACUAAUGCCCAAACAUCCAAGCAUUUUAAAAAUAAACCCAUCUCUACAAGAGAAUAGGCGUAAAAUGGAAAAAUCUCCACAUUUUUCGGAUGUGUUAAUAAUACCUGAUAAACCUGAAGAACUAAACACAAAUAAGAAAGGGAGACCUUCCAUCGAGUUAAGGAAAUCUUGGGAAAGGCGUCCUACUGACGUUGUCUGUAGUCUCCGAAAGGUGGCUUUUGCACAAAAAGAGUACGCCAUACCAGUUUGCAAAGCAGAAACUACAGAAUUCAAACCCAAACAUCAGUUUCAGAAACUCAGCAGGAGUGGUCUUGAUCCUUUUCUAAGAAACUUAAACAGCAAAAUGCCAUUCAGAAAGAAGAAAGAUCAUGAGGACGGAUACAGACAUCCAAGCACGUUAAGUACAGAGAUUUUAGAGCAUGAAGAUCAAGAUCCUCCUUACCCGGAACACCCAGGAUCUGCAGGAUCUGAUCCAAUACGGACUGAAAAUCCUAGACCUUUCACAGUCCAGAUGGGAAACAAGAAGAAUAGCUUGCCUCCUGACCCCAUCACAGCCACUGUGAUCUCAGACAGGAGGAAUAGGCUGUUGUUUGAUAGUACUUUCGACUCAGAAAACAAUUCAAAUACAAAGAGCAUCUUUGCAAGUGAUAAUCCUGUUGUCAGCCUAACAAAGCUUUCAGAUUCUGAUAAUAAACUGUUAACUGAUUCUAGUUUUAAUACAAUGAAGCCUUCAAAUAGGAGGCUUUCCAGGGAUUCAAGUUCCAAUAUAAUAAAGCCUUCAGAUGGUAAGCUGUCUAGUGCUCCUAGUUCUGGUACAACAAAGCCUUCAGAUACUAAGCUCCUCAGUGAUCCUAGUAACAGUAAGUUGUCCCGAGAUCCUAGUAGCAAUGGAACACAGCUUUCAGGUUCUAAUAGAUUGUCCCAUAACCCUAGUAUCAAUGGAAAUAAAUAUUCACAUACUUCAGAUCUUAAUAAGGUAUCCCGUGAUCCUAGCUUCAUUUCAACCAAGUCUUCAGAUCUUAACAAGUUAUCCCGUGAUCCUAGCAUCAUUUCAACAAGGUCUUCAGAUCCUAACAAGUUAUCCCAUGAUCCUAGCUUCAUUUCAACAAAGUCUUCAGAUCCUAACAAGUUAUCCCAUGAUUCUAGCAUCAUUCCAACAAAGCUUUCAGAUCCUAACAAGUUAUCCCGUGAUCCUAGCAUCAUUUCAACAAAGCUUUCAGAUCCUAACAAGUUAUCCCAUGAUCCUAGCUUCAUUUCAACUAGGUCCUCAGAUCCUAACAAGUUACCCCGUGAUCCUAGCAUCAUUUCAGCAAAGUCUUCAGAUCCUAAUAAGUUUUCACGUGAUCCUAGCAUCAUUCCAACAAAGCUUUCAGAUGCUAACAAAUUAUCCCGUGAUCCUAGCAUCAUUUCAACAAGGUCUUCAGAUUCUAACAAGUUAUCCCAUGAUUCUAGCAUCAUUUCAACAAAGCUUUCAGAUCCUAACAAGUUAUCCCGUGACCCUAGCUUCAUUUCUACAAAGUCUUCAGAUACUAAUAAGUUUUCACGUGAUCCUAGUAUCAUUUCAACAAAGUCUUCAGAUCCUAACAAGUUAUCCCGUGAUCCUAGCAUCGUUUCAACAAAGUCUUCAGAUCCUAAUAAGUUGUCCCAUGAUCCUAGCAUCAUUUCAACAAAGCUUUCAGAUCCUAGUAAGUUGAGCCAUGAUCCUAGUAUCAAUGCAAGAAAGUCGUCAGAUACUAGUAAGUUGUCACAUGAUCCCAGUGUCAUUUCAACAAAGGCUUUAGAUGGUAACAGUAGAUUGCCAAGUGGCAGUCCUGUCAAUUCAGAUACUACUACCAACACAGCAAAACCUCCAGUUACUAAGGAUCCUGCUAUCUCCACAGUAGACUCUUCAGAUAAACAGGGUAAGUUAGAUGAGUGGCUCCAAAAUGUGUCUUUAUCAAAUGUCCAAAGAGCAUCAUCAGUGACUGAAAAUGUAAACAUGCAUCGCCCUUCAAGCUCAAUAAAUUUUACCUCUGAUAUUGAAAAUUUAAAACAGUCAAUAGUACUCAAAUCCAUUUUAAGUAAAAACCUGCAAGACCUUUCAGACGAGUUAUUUUCUAAAGCAGAAGUCUGCACAAAUGAAAGCUGUUCUCCACCUCCAAAUGUGCACAACAGGCCAUCUGAUACUACAGAUGACAGAGUGUUUGAAAAAGUCCAAGAUAUAAACAGCUGGCGUUCAUCAAAAGACCUUCUAAAUUCUCAGGUUCUUUUAAGUCCUGUAGUUAAAAAUAGUCCUCAAAAUUUACUUCCAGAAGGUGAACCAGGAAAAUCUUCAGACAUAGAAGAUUAUGUCUCUGAAAAAGUCUUAGAGGCUGCUGAAAGAAGUUUUCCAAUGAACAGAAAGAGUACUUUCAAGAAAAAACAUUUAAUAAGUGAAGAAUCUGGCUCUGAACGUGUUUUAAAUAGUAGCAUAUAUGAGUACGUUAUCAAGCAAAUAUUCACUGCACCCAUAUUCUCACAGCUGGGAAUAGGAACAAAGAGCUCAAGAGAGGCCCAGAUGGACUCACAGGAUCAGUUGCUGACACCUUGGGAGAGUCUUCGUAGAAUUAACUAUGAAGAAAAAGGCAAUGAAGUUCAUUUGUCACAGUCCAAAUCUGUCAUAAGCCAAAUAAUACAGUCCUUUCCUGUAAAUACCCUUUUAGAAUCUGGGAUGAUCAAAGUUAUAGAACUAAAUAAAGAACACCAGAACUCUUUGUUGGACUCACAGACAACCUCUUCCACAGAGCAGUAUUCUGAAAUCAAAAGUCAAAUAAAACUAAUUUCCAGACAGAAUACAUCUAGCAUCAACCCCUCAGACUCUUCUGUGAGUGGCGCUGAAUAUACCGAAGACUGCCAAAGUAUAUCCACACAGGAGUCAAAAUACCUAAUGCCAGGUGCAAAGUCAGACUCACCAACUGACACAGAGGAGACAGAGCUAGAUUCCAAUGUAGAAAGUUCAAGCAGCUCACUGGAUAAAGUUAAAGACACAGACACAGCAAUGUUAAAGUCCUUACUAAAAAAUAUAUUCAGUAUUUUCUUCAAAUACAAUCAGUCUGAAAAAAGACAACAACCAGAAAAAGAGUCAGAAAGUCUAAUUAAACAUUCUUCAUCAAGUGUCACAGAACACUUAGAAAAAACUCAAGAGAAUUUUAAUAAAGUAGACAAAAAAUUAGACAGGAAACCCAUUUUGAAUCCAAAGCUGCGUAUGUUUUUAGAGAAACUAUCGGAGACAGAAGUAAAAAAUUUGAAGACUGAGUUGAGUAAACACAUUCAGCGUUACCUUGUUGAAAGACUCACAGAAUCAGGCCACAUCACCAAGGAGGACUUACCAACAAUCUACCACAAGCUCUAUCUGAUAAACGAGAAAGCAGAGUUAAAAGAGCAAAUUCCCUUUCAGGAGAAAUACUCAGACACUGUAAAAGAAAUCAUGUCUUUUGUAAAUAAUUUUAACCAUCAUUUCAUAGAUAAACAUCUAGAAGCAAAGCUUAGAGCUUUUCUAAGUGAAAUUCUCCAAAAUUAUUUCCUGAAGAAUCUUUCAGUGAGCAAUUUAUUUAAUGAGACAGAUGCUAUGGCUCUCCAUGCCAGCAUGUCCCCCGCAAGAAGCAAGAGUGAGCUAGGGCAAGACAUUGCAGAUGGGAAUUUUGGUCCAAGCCUAAAAAUAAACAUGAAAUACCCUGUAAGCAAAUCUCUACAAAAUUAUCUUCAAGAUUUAUCAGAAAGUGAUUUAUUAAAUCUAAAGGCUGAUUUGAGCAAAUACCUCCAGGUCCUCUUUUUAGAAAAACUUUAUAAGUCAGGAUUGAUGACAGAAAGGCAACUAAAGGGGAUAAGCCAGGAAAUUAUCUCACUCCAUUCGCCUCCCAUACCAUUAAAACACUUAAAAACAAAUUUAGCUUUUAGAAAUGAAAGUUACUUUAUGAGAGAGGAUUCAGAAGAGCAAAAGAAAUAUUCAAAAAAUGGUCAAAAUACAGCUUUACAAGCAUUGCUCAAAGGUAAAUGUGGAGAAACAGAACUGUCCAGAAAGGAAGAAAAGGAAAGUUCUUUCUCACAAAAUUUAAAAGAAAACCUACCAACAAUUUGGGAACAGAAAACUAUUUAUUGCAAGGAAGAAGAAAGACUAAAUUUAAUAGAAAUACGAUCUUCCCUCAACAAAAAUAACCAGGCACAUUCACUAACUAGGUCACCAGAAAGACCUUCAGACAUAUCACUUAAGAAACAAAAGAAAGAUCAUGGUUUCAUGCAAUUUACUCAAGUAGAAAGUUCUGCCUACAAAACAGAGAUUCAAGAUCCAUACAGUUGGGAUGGUAGAUCAAAAACAAUUCAAUCAAAACCUUGCUUUGAAAAGACAGGGCAAAUGAAGCAAGUUGACAAAAGGGAGAACAAUAAUGUUUAUAAAUCGACUGCUCAAGAAAAACUUGAUACAGAAUUUUCAUCUUAUCUAAAGCUCCCUAACUGCAAAGUAUCAAAAGAAAAUGAAUCCACAAGCAGGCUCUCCUUCCCUACGUGGCAGACUAACGCCUUCAUUCAUGUCAAACCAGAGAUUGGGGAGCAAUCUAAAUUAGACCACUAUUAUCAGAGACUGAAAGGAAAUAAUAACAACAAUAAAAAACACUUGGUUACAUUUGCACAAUUCAAAGACGAAAUGGAAACUCUUUAUAAAAACCCAUAUGAAGCUUGCAAUGAAAAACGUGCCAAGAUCUCUGAAUCACAGUCCUUUAAAUAUAAAGAACAUGAGAAAAACUCAAGGCCAUUCUUCUUCCCGGAAGUACUGAAGAGAGAAAACAUGAAAUCCAAAAGAAAAGAGAAAGACCAUGCCACCAAACCAAAGAAGUCAUUUCACAAGAUAGUUAGGUUACUGCCAGUCACACUGCCCACUACAAGACCUCAUCUCCGGAAGUCUGUGCCAAGGAACUUACUUCACUGGACUGCAAGGAGAACUAUACAUGAUUGUUUGGAUAGAUUCGACGAUUUACACGCACCACCCUCAGUUAAAUGUACUAAAAAAUCAAGAUCAAGAGCAAGACUUUUAGGCAAGAGUCCAGAUGAUUCCCACAAUCAGGCGAAACACUGUGCACGACCAUACACUGCUCCAGAGCCCAACAAACGGCGAGAAAGUGCCACCUGGAAAUUUGCAAGUCCUCGGAUGGUUUCAGCGGGCUUAGUUCACUUGUAUGCCACCCCAGAGUAUGAGAUCCGUAAAAUGCGGUCCAAAAGAAAAUUAAAAGAGGAUAUUGAAAAGCGUCCACUCAUUAGCGAGAUUAUCCAGAUGCUAGACACUGCAGAAUGA